AUGCGCCACGUGCAAGCGGAGACGUCUCCAUCCUCAGAGCCAGAGGCUGGCCCUUCGCAGCCUGCAGUCAGGCAGGGGGCCCUCCAGGGUGGCCUGCUCAUGGGCUACAGCCCAGCAGGGGGGGCGACAUCCCCCGGGGUCUACCAGGUAUCCAUCUUUUCCCCUCCAGCUGGUGCCUCUGAGCCUCCUAGGGCCCUGAAACGGCCAGCCCCACCUACCGAGGGUCCCAGGGAGCUGAAGAGAGGCCCCGGACUAGGGGCCAGAGAGGGACUACCCCCUGAAGAACCACGCACUGUCGGGCUCUUGGGCCCAGAGGGACUGGGGCUGAAACUGGGCGUGGCCAGCCAACAUUUCUGCCAUCACGGCCUCUGUGUUGUGGAACAAGGAGGUAGUUCCACCUCACCUUGGACUUCGGAGGCCCGAAGUUCCCCCUUGCCCCCAUCAAAUGCUUCCUGCAGUACUUUGCACACCAGAGACUGGGCUUCCCCAGAUCCAAGGGGACAGGGGUCCCUGGGGGUGUCCCUGGGGCCAGCCCCUCCAGGCCAGCUGCACACACUUGACACUGAUUUGCACAGUCUUGCACAAAUAGGGGGUAAGAGCCUAGUGUCUGGGGUGGGCAACGGGGGCAGCCCCUGGCCUAGGGAGUCCCCUGGCACUGCCAAUGGGUGCAGCCCCGAGCACACACCCCCUGGCCCCGGACCUCCAGGCCCCUGCCCCACCAAGCGAAGGCUGCUUCCUGCUGGAGAAGCCCUGGAUGUCAACUCUGAGGAUGAGGGGCCAGUCCCUCGGAGGCGCCGGGGAACCCUGGGCCACCCUCCUGCUGCCAACAGUUCUGAUGCCAAAGCCACACCCUUCUGGAGCCACCUGCUGCCUGGGCCCAAGGAGCCCGUGCUGGACCCAACAGACUGUAGUCCCAUGGGGCGGAGGCUGAAAGGUGCCCGUCGCCUGAAGCUGAGCUCCCUGAGAAGCCUCCGGAAGGGACCAGGCCUGCUGAGCCCCCCCAGUGCCUCCCCUGUUCCUACCCCUGCUGUCAGCCGUACCCUGUUGGGCAACUUUGAGGAAUCAUUGCUGCGAGGACGCUUUGCACCAUCCGGCCACAUUGAGGGCUUCACGGCAGAGAUCGGAGCUAGUGGAUCCUACUGCCCUCAGCAUGUCACGCUGCCUGUCACUGUCACCUUCUUUGAUGUUUCUGAGCAAAAUGCCCCGGCUCCCUUCCUGGGCGUCGUGGACCUGAGUCCCCUGGGGAGGAAGGGUUACAGCGUGCCCAAGGUGGGCACCAUCCAAGUGACCUUAUUUAACCCCAACCAGACUGUGGUGAAGAUGUUCCUCGUGACCUUUGACUUUUCGGACAUGCCUGCUGCCCACGUGACCUUCCUGCGCCACCGCCUCCUUUUGGUGCCUGUGGGUGAGGAGGGGAAUGCUGGCCCCGCCCGCCGCCUCCUCUGCUACUUAUUGCACCUCAGGUUCCGGAGCUCCCGCUCAGGCCGCUUAAGCCUGCAUGGCGACAUCCGCCUGCUUUUUUCCCGCCGGAGCCUGGAAUUGGACACAGGGCUCCCCUACGAACUGCAGGCUGUGACCGAGGCCCCUCACAAUCCACGUUACUCACCUUUGCCCUGA